AGUCAAACCCAAUUCAAAAAAACCCUAGUUUAAACCCUAGACAUUAACCGCUAUUUAAACCCCUCUUUCAAACACUUUAUUCUCAUUCCGCCUCUAUUCCAAUCUCUCAAUUCAACACACACAUCUCCUAAUUUCUUCCAGCAGCAAUGGAAUUCUGGGGUGUUGAAGUUAAACCUAAUGAAAGCCUUAAGGUUCCAGUUGAGGAUCUUAAGCUUCUUCAUAUAUCUCAGGUUGCAUUGGGAGAGAUGAAGAAUGGGAAGAAGGUGGAGAACAUCCCGGUGAGAGUUAGCAUUAACGAUAAGAAAUACGUCGUCGGUACGCUCUCAUCCGAGCGUGCACCUCAAAUCGCGUUUGACUUGGUAUUCGAGCAAGAUUUGGAGCUCUCUCAUGGGUGGAAAGAUGGAAGUGUCUACUUUUGUGGAUAUCUUGGAGAUAAUCCAAUUGAGGGUGAUGAUGGUGGUUAUGAUUUUGAGUCAUCGGACAAAGAUGAAGAAGAAGCGUUGGACUUUAAUGCUAAUGGUGCUCUUGAAAAAAAACCAAAGGCCCCAGUGAAGAAAGCAACCGUACAAGAAGACUCUGAGGAUGAUUCUGAAGAUGACUCCGAAGAUGAUUCUGAUGAUUCGAUGGGUGAAGACGAGUCCGAAGAGGAAAAGGAUGUAAAGCCCGUUAAAAGACCUGCUGAAUCCGCACCUAAGUCACCCGCUCCUGCUAAGAAAGGGAAACCAAACACUCCACAAAAUGCAAAAACCAACACUCCUCAAAAUGCAAAAUCCAACACUCCUCAAAAAUCAGGUGGAAAGAAAGGUGGUCAAGCAGCAACCCCACAAGCUAAUUCAAAGCCCAGCUUUAAAAAGGGCAAGAAAGGCGGCAAUCGAUCAUAGAUACCGAGUGUAAUAGUGUUGGUGUUUUGGGUAUCCAAAUUUUGAUUUAAGUUUUCGUCUAUUGAAGGUGUUGUAUUUUUGGUUUAAGAAGAUGAACCAUUACAUUGGUUUCUAGGGGAAGUUUUGUUGCAUUGUAAACCGGUUGUUUUUGAGUAAUGGAAUGGAAAUGGUUUAAAUUAUGUCUCUUAA